GUGUUUCCUUCAGUGGAGGGGGAAGGGGUAGGUUUAAGUCGCUGGCCACAAGAAUCAGUUCAGCUCUGGAUCAGCAAAAUUCCCCUCGGAGCAACGGCCGAUGGCAUCCACCGUCGGCGCCGUGGCGCGGGCGCCUGCCGCCGGCGGGAAGCCAUCGGUCCUCUACCUUCGCCGCGCCAAUGACGGUCUCGCCGCCGCGCUGCGCGCGCGCUACCGCGUCCACAGCCUUUACGACUCGGGCGCUCCGCUCCUGGCGUUCCUCGCCGGGGCCGCGGCCGCCCGGGGGGGCGGUGAGCCCCCGCGGGCCGCCGUCGUCGUCGGCGGAGGCGCCAUCCAAGUCGACGCCGCCUUCCUCGACGCGGCCCCGUGCCUCCGCUGCGUCGUGACCACCGCCGCCGGCCUGGACCACGUCGACCUCGCCGAGUGCGCGCGCCGGGGCGUCGCCGUGGCCGGCGCCGGUGAGACAUUCUCCGCUGACGUGGCGGAUCACGCCGUCGGGCUCCUCCUCGACGUGCUCCGGCGCAUCUCGGCGGCCGACCGGUUCGUCCGGCGCGGGCUGUGGCCGGCGCGCGGGGACUGCUCGCUUGGCUCCAAGCUCAGUGGCAAGCGAGUAGGCAUCAUCGGUUUGGGGAGCAUCGGUACAUUGAUCGCGAGGCGGCUCGAGGCAUUUGGCUGCACCAUCUCCUAUCACUCCAGAAGGGCCAAGGAUUCAGCUACCAUCUCUUACAAAUAUUUCCCCAGUGUCAUCAACUUGGCUCUCGAGUCCGAUGUGCUCAUCGUCGCGUGCUCUCUCAAUAAUCAAACAAAGCACAUUGUCAACAAGGAAGUCCUGGAGGCGCUAGGGAAAGACGGCGUCAUUGUGAACAUUGCCCGCGGAGGGAACGUCGAUGAGGCGGCCCUAAUCUGCGCACUCAAGGGAGGGGGGAUAGCGGGCGCGGGCCUCGAUGUCUUUGAGAAGGAGCCUGAGGUGCCGGCAGAGCUACUCUCCAUGGAAAAUGUGGUGCUCACAGCGCAUGAGGCCGUCUUCACUGUGGAGUCGGCCUCUGAUAUUUCGGACCUCAUGAUCGGGAACCUUGAGGCGUUCUUCCAAGCUGAACAUGAAUAUCACGUCUGGUUCGCUCCAGUAGCUGCUGCAUUUCUGAAGAACCAGGUGUGUACAUGAUAAAAGCAAGGAACACCUCCCUGGUCAGGUGGUGGUAACUGGCUAACUGCCCAGGUAUGCAGUAAAUGAGCUCGCCGCCCUAUGGGAUUUCCAUGUUCCUGUAAUCUGAUACAAAACUCAACCGACAAAAGAGCGCCAUGACUCUCUGAAGGCGAAGAUUUCUCGCUCAGAAAUAUGUACAUGCCAGUCGGGGAUGAAUGGUGGACUGAUCAGGCGAAGGAUGAAGGUUAGGCGCGGUCGCUGCUCAAGCAGCAGAUUCUGAACCCUGCCUGGUUCUGCCCCUUCUCAGCAAAACUGUGCUAUUUCAGAAAUAAUUGUAGGGUAAGUUUUGCAAAUUGCUUCUGGUUCAUUGCUCAAGGAGGUAGAGUGAUCUGUAGUCUGGGUACAUUGUGCGGGUGGUCAUCAUUCACUCACUGUUCCCAAGUCC